GCUCGACAAAACACAUUUCUCUUGAGACGCGUCUCUUAACUGUCAGGCGAAUAUGGCGCAAGGGUACAGCAUCUUUAUCGGGCUCCUGGUCAUUGUAGUUCUCUCCGUGGCUGCAUGGUUUCUUGCACCCAAAAGCGAGAACCAAAUCAUCUGGCGCUCUUCUCUCAUUCUCGCUUUUUCGUGCUGCUAUCUCAUGUGGGCUAUUACAUUCCUAGCGCAACUUCAUCCAUUGAUCGAACCCCGGAGAAGCGACUUAAGGAAAGAAUAUCUGCACUCUUGA